AUGAAUUUAUUUAUUUAUCUAUUUCUAUUUCUUACUGUUUUUGUUAUUAAUGUUAAUUCAUUAAUUGAUGGUCUUUAUUGUGGCCGAGAAAAUUGUUAUGAUUUACUUAAUGUAACACGAACAUCUACUAGACAGGAGAUUGUUAAAGCCUAUAGAAAUUUAGCAAGAAAAUAUCAUCCGGAUAUGGCUAAAACAACUGAUGAUAAAGAAAUAUAUACGGAAAAAUUUCGAGCAUUUGCUAAUGCUUAUGAAAUUUUAAAAGAUGAAGAAACAAGAAUUGAUUAUGAUCGAAUGUUAGAUCAUCCAGAAGAAUAUUAUUCACAUUAUUAUCGAUAUUAUCGUCAUCGAUAUGCACCAAAAGUUGAUGUUCGCGUUGUUUUGUUUGUUCUUAUAUCUGUUAUAAGUGCAAUUCAAUACUAUAGUCAAUAUAGUAAUUAUAAUACUGCAAUUAAUUAUCUUGUUACAAUGCCAAAAUAUCGUAUACAAGCACAGGAAAUUGCCCGUCAAGAAGGAUUACUUGGAAGUCCUGGUGGAGAAUCUUCGAAGAAAAAUCGUGGACGAAAAGCAAUAAGUAAACAAGAAGAAGAAGCAAUUCUAAGGCAAAUUGUGGAACAAAAACUUGAUAUUAAAGGUGGUUAUAAAAAACCAAGUAUUACACGUGUACUUUGGCUUCAGUUAAUACUUUUUCCAUAUAGUUUAUUCUUAAAAUUAAAAUGGCAUAUCCGAUGGUUUUUUAAAUUCCAUUUAAAUAAACAUGAAUUAGGUGAUGAUGAAAAAAUUUAUUUAAUGUGUCGAUAUUUAAAAAUGAGUCGUGAUCAAUAUGACGUUUUACCUGAAAAAGACCAGGAUCAAAUGUGGGAUAGAGAAAUUUGGGUAAAAGAAAAUUUUCGUCUUUGGAAACAAGAAAGAGAUGAAGAACAAAAGAAAAAAUUAAAUGAAUCUGGUCGUUAUAAAGCUUAUCGUCGUUAUAUGAAAAGUGGUGGACCAGGACAAAUGACAUUCGAUGGUGAUUAA